GCCAGGUGGGCCAGAAUAGAGGAAAAGUGCCAGUGCCAGGAACAGUGAAUGGAUCGUCCAAGAGGUCGGCUCAUCAGACCUUUCUGCUGAUGCACAACCUGGGGCCUCCAGGCGGCUUCGCAGGGAGGCAACUCCCUUCGGGGCGUCAGGAUGUUUCGGAGGCGCCAGCCAUGCUACGAAGACUGGCACGGCGGCAGCAGGGUGAUGCCAGUUGCAAGGUGGUCCUGGAACCUCUGGGCGAGCCGAUGACCCUCUUCACGAAACCCACCUGCAGCGUCACCUUCUACACCAACCUGCGGACCAGGAGCAAUUUCUCAGGCAGUCCGUCUGCGCCGCCCAUUUUUGGGGUGAGCAUUAGCUCCCCACCAUGUGCCAAGAAGAAAGCAGCCUCAGAGUGGCGUAAACUCAAGGACAGUCUGGUGCCGCUUCUCAGGCUAACGGCCUUCCACGUUUUCAAGGCCUGUCGUCAGAUUUUACCUCGAUGCUUGGCCAAUAGCCCAGCACGCCCAGCACUCGAUGCCGUGGCCACCACGAUGCCAUGGAAAGUUCUGGGAGACGAGGCCUUUCAAGCUGGAAACUACUUCAUGGCUGGGAACUUCUACACCAGGUGGUUUGAAGACCACGGCGAAACGAAUGAAAUGGUCCAAGCAGCAGUGCUGUCGAACCGGGCAGCGUGCUGGGCGAAGGUGGGCCACUUUGAGGCAUCCAAAGAUGAUGCCCAACGAGCCCUGGAACUGCGUCCCAACUGGGGCAGGGCUUGGAGUCGGAUUGGUCUGGCAUCUGCCAAGAUGGGCCAGGGGAAAGAGGCUAUAGAUGCUUACAAGAAGGCCGUGUCUUUCGAUCCCUCGAGUGCCAACGUAGAUGCCUUAGCCUCUGUGGUCCGGCAGUUGAAUGGGCCGAACACGGACUUGGCACAUGCUGAGAAGGAGAAUGGCAAUACGGCCAUGCGCGGUCACGAAUUUGGCGCGGCCGUGGCCUGCUACACCGUGGCGCUGGUGCUGGUGCCUCCAGAGGCGAGCGCCUCGGUCCCAGAGGGCGUGGCGCCCGAAGACGAGCACGCGCUGUUGCGGUCAGUCCUUUUUUCCAAUCGAGCUUCGGCUUUCUGCCGGCUAAAAAGCUGGCAAAGUGCUCGGGCUGACGCGCAGCUUGCCGUUGAGAAGAAGGGCGAUUUUGUGAAAGCCAGAAAUCGGCUGGGCACAGCUCUGUUGGCGUGCGGCCAGGUGGAGCAGGCCUAUGUGCAUUUUGCCCACGCCCUGAAACUGGAAACGAACAACUCUUCAGCGCUGAAAGGGCGGCAGGCAUGCAUUAGCAUCCUGCCGGUGUGGCGUACCCUGCCGGCACGGCGGCGCUUCCGUGAACGUUUCGGAGUGGAUCUCUGGCGACCCAAGGGAACCUCAAAGGUCUAUGCCAUUUCCGACGUGCAUUUCGAUCACAAGUGCAACGAGGAUUGGGCACAUCGGAUCGACGACUUUGAGUUCCAGGAGGACGUGCUGAUCGUGGCUGGGAACUUGUGCGACACCAGGAACGCACUGAUGCGGGCGCUGACAACCCUCAAGGCCAAGUUUCGCCGGGUCUUCUACGUUCCGGGCAACCACGAGCUUUGGCUAAGCCCUUCCGAGGCAUCUAAGUAUCCCGACUCCCUGGCCAAACUCUUGGGAAUCAUGGAGAUGUGCGACGAGUUGGGUGUGGAUUGUUUUCCAUCUGCCGUCAGCGAGGAUGUUUUUGUGGUGCCUCUCCUGUCCUGGUACUCUGCGGACUUCGAUGACAAGGAUCCCUUCCCAGAUCCAAAUGCCAACUUCGACCACCAAUGCAGGUGGCCCUUGGACCCCGAGACACAGGUGUGGAAGUACAUGUUGAAGCUCAAUGAAGCUCAUUUGCAGCAUCCUUACCAUGGCACCGUCAUCACAUUCUCGCAUUUCCUGCCCUCGCGGAACUUGCCUUUCUCCGCCUUCGGGAGGGCUGCCAAGGCCAUGGGCUGCGAAGAGUUGAAUGACCAGGUGAAGUCCUUGAGAUUGAGAAAUCGGGUGCAUGUCUAUGGACAUUCCUCCAGGCAUUUCUCGCAGUACGAAGAUGGGAUCUUGUACGUGAACCACUACCACGGCACCGAGGGUGGGCAGUUUGAAAGAGCUCCACUUUUCUUGGUUCACGAUGGAAAGGACAUCGCCAAGAGGCAAGUGGAAAUUUACUCCGGCCCAACGCGCGUGUCGUCGUAGACCCAGAAAAUAUAUACAGCAUCCUCCUGGAGAAACGCAUAGAACGUGGUAUUUUUGGUUGAAUAUUCUAGUGACUCCAGGCCGACGACAAACAGAUGUUUUAUGAUGUGUAGUUUUGUAAAUUCGUUGAUCAAUCUUGAUUUCGGGACUUAUAUUGUCCCUUUUUGAAAGCAUUCAGGGCUCC